AUGGAACAGCUGAGAUCCGCGUGGACCAACUACCCGUACUGUGUGACCGGAGUGCUGACAGUACCCGUAGCCUAUGUACUCUUCAGGAAAUACUGUGGGUCUCAAAAACAGCCUAGGAUUGAGUGUCAACCAAACACCGUCCUUUUGCACCAAAUGACUCGAGGACCUUAUGCGCCAUCCUUGUCGAACUUCUCUGUGAAGCUGGAAACGUAUCUACGAAUGGCAGGGAUUCCAUACAUUAAUGACUUGAGUGGACAGUUCUCCCCCAAAGGAAAGACACCUUUCAUCACCUACAACGGCGAGGAUGUGUCUGAUACCCACUUCAUUAUUGAGUACUUGAACAAGAAACUGAACAUUAACCUGAACAAAGAUUUGAACCAGGAGCAGCUAGCGUUUGCUAAAGCCUUCCAGGUUCUGGCGGAUGAGUAUCUCUACUGGAUCUUAGUAUACUCUAGGUGGGUCUAUGACAAGAACCUCACAAUUAUAAAGAUGGGUCUUCCCGGAUCGCCGUGUCUUAUAUGGAAGCUGAAAAAGACUAUGGUUAGAAGAGUCAUUGGACAAGGAAUGGGAGUUCAUUCAGCAGAGGAAAUCAAACGCAUAUUCCUGGCUGAUCUACAGGCUCUGAGUGACUUCUUAGGAAACAAACAAUUUUUAAUGGGCUCCACGCCUUGUGAAGUUGAUUGUUCUGUCUUCGGAUUGCUUUCUCAGUUUAUCUGGCAAGCAGUCGAUGAUUUGUGCGGAAAUGUCAUUCAAGAGAAGUUUCCCGCCCUGAACGAAUACUGCCUUCGGAUGAGAGAGCGCUUCUGGCCUGACUGGGACGACUGUAUCACCCACGGCGGAACCCGACCUGCCAUCAAGUAG